AUGUCAAGCCAAGAACAUCACCUGUCUACUACAACCAAAGAGAAUGUUGGACUCUCACAAGAAGUAAUCAAGAGAUCUAGUCAAGUGCAUCAUCUUGUCCCCUUAUCACCCCGUAGGAUCCCAGCAGAUAACAAGAACGCGGUACCCAUAACCGCACGAGAGCUCAAUCAAAUGAAGGAACCGUUCCAACCAGACGCAGUUCGUCCGUCCCUCGAAACGGUGGGCGCCCUCUGGUUGGCAGUGAGCGGACUUCCAGCGUCUCUGCCCGAGAGUGUACACACUGUCAAUCGACGUUCGGUUUCCUCCUCCAUCGUCCAUCCGAUUCCGAAAGAUGUACCUAAACCCUCAAGGGGAUUGGAAAUACCUCAAGAGAAUGAUGGGGGACAUACACCAAAUGAUGGUGGGAACCUCAAAAAUAUUGAGGGGAAAAUGAAAGGGGAGAUGGACUUUCUAUCAGCUCUGAAGAUUGAUCCUCCCACAACCGACGUCGUUUUCGGAUCGGAUCACUUGGAAGAGCAGGUGGUGGCGUCAUCACCCCGUUUCAAACUCCCUGCAGAGAAACCACAUCUUACAAUCAAGAAUGACAAAACCAAGUCACUAGCCAAUCAUCUGGGACUGGGUUGGGUAAUUGAUAGAUCAGGACGUACCAAGACUGGUGCACCUAGUUCCCCUACUCGCCCAAGCGCUUCUCUACUUCCUCGAUUCUUAAAAGCUCCAUUCACUUGGGGAGAUGCAGAAAGUGAAGUCUUUGAUCCCACUGGUCAACGUGAAAAGCCGGAUGGAGUCGAAGGCCUGCUAGUAGAGCUUGAGGAGCCGGACGCAAAGCCCAAGAAGCUUUUGCCAAGAGAUGAGGAUGGAAUCUACUCGUCCGUCUUUGGUGACCAGCUGGCUGCAACCGGUCAGUGGGACGUGGUUAGGGAGGAUGCUCAAAGAAGAGUAGUAAAUGUGGAUGGACAUGAGGGGAGAGAAGUAGCCCAUGAUUGGCAGGAUUCAGGCAAGAAACUCAUUCCAAGGGAAGAGAAGGGGAUAUACUCUUCCAUACUCCAUCCUCACGGGUCACUGGAGCAUUCGUUUCCCUGA